AUGUGUCGAGUGGUCCAGAAACAGCAUCCGCCGCGAGAUGAAUCAAGUAACGAGUACGUCACAGAAUGGCAAUGGGAAUCAUGGCCUAUAAAACAAGAAUCUCUGGAACAAGAGGGAAGAUCACCAAUAGCAAGAUUAAACGUUGCUUUAUGGAAAGAUAAAACGAGUUGGUACCUGUUCGGUGGAAAACCUGUACGUAACGAAUUAAAUAAAAUAUAUUCGGAUGUAUGGAAAUACACGGUUAAAACGAGAUCAUGGACAAGACUCAUACCAUCACAAUCGGAUAAUAUAAAAAAAAAAAAAACUCUUCUCCCGACGAAAAAAACCGACGGGAAAUCAUCAUCGACAUCUUUCACUCAGGAUUAUUUUAUUAAUACCGAAUUAGGAAACGAUAAAAUAUUUUUAUGCGGUGGCGGUGGGAGUGGGGGUGACGGUGGUGGAAGUUCAGUAAAAAAAAAAAAGAAAACAAUGAAAGAUGAAAAAGGAGGAGGAGAAGAAGAAGAAGAACUUAAAUCUUUGGCUAUUUAUUCUCCAAAAGUAUUAAAAUCGAACACGGUUUGGCAAAUCGAUUUGAAAAAUACAAUUUGGACCGCAUACGUUUGUUGCUGUGACGUCAGCAACAAUUCAAAUAUUAUGACGUCAGAGAAAAAAUCUCCUCCCGUGAAAAAAUUAAACACUUCGGAUAUAUAUGAUAAAAUUAACGAAGCAGAAGAUGAAAACGAAGAGGAAACAAAUAACGGACACGUUAAUAAUAAUAAUAAUAAAAAGAAAACGAUUAAUCAAAAAAAAACCGUUGAAAAUAUCAAUAAUAAUAAUAAUAAAAGAAUUAAAAAAAACGUUAAAAUUUUUCCUAACGAAACAUCAACGACGGAAAAAGAAUCGAAUUUGACAGAUCACGUGAUAUCUAAAAAAGAAAAAUAUAAUUUGAAAUUAAAUGAAAUUAAUAAUAAAUUGAAAAAAAUUGAUGAUGAUAAUAAUGAUAAUGGGAAAAAAAAUGUCGUAGAACAAACCGUAAUAAAACCUAAAAUAUCAUCAGAAUAUUGUCCAGAAUUCAUGGAGGAAAGUGAAACCGUUACUUGGUGUAAUAAUAAUAAUGAUAUUAUUAUAACGGCCGAUAUAAGUUCUCCAAAAAUUAUUUUAUGGAUUUUUAAUUUAACAACGAGUCAUUGGUAUUCAACAUUAGUCGAGAUACCCGAUAACAUCGAUUGGCCGAUUUGUUCGGAUUCUUUUCGUUAUUCCGGAAACGGAAAUGAAGUUUACAUAAUAUGUCAAUCUUAUAAUAAUAAAAAAUUUAAAAAUUAUUCAAAUAAAAAAAAUAAUAAUAAUAAUACAUUCGAUGAUAAUUAUGCAUAUAAAUCAAUUUACCGUUUGAAACAAGAAGUGAAUAAUAAUAAUAAUAAUAAUAAUACGUUGGAAUAUUUGGGUGAAAUACAAAUGAAUUCAUUUUUUAAUACGUUGGAAGGACAAAAAGUUUGGGAAAAAGAAGAAAAUUCAUCGUUGGAAAUAAUAAAUAGUCUUUUUACAAACGAAACCAUUAUAAUAUUGAGUUAUUUGGAUAAUGUCGACAUUUGGAUUAUUAAUAAAACAACCGGAAAUGACGUAGUUUUUAAAAACAUCGAUAAAAUAUGGAGAGGUUCGGCAUUGAAAUGGUUUAAAAAAUACAACGGUGCUUUGUACAAUAUACAAUUUGUAACGGAAAACGGUGAUUCGGACACCAUUUUAAUGGUUAAUCCAAGGUACAUAGAGGCAAACGAUUAUUGGCCGAGAGAUAGAGGAAGGGAAAAUUUUGAAAACGUUGAAGAAAAUCGUACGAGAGAACAAAAUUUAACUUACGAGCUUUUGCAAUCGGAUUAUAAAACUCCAGGAGAGGAAACUCAAAUUUAUUCAUACAGUUUUAAAGUAUUAACUUUUUUCGGAGUUAGUUUGGCCAUAUUUAGUGUUUUCGGUUUUAUAUUAUUUUUAAAAAGAUGCGUUACAUGUCCGUCACAAUUUAGAUCACAAAAUGAAUGUCAUAAAUCUCCAGCCGUUAUAAGAUAUUCUGUAAUUCCGGAUGAUUUGCUAUAUCCGGUUGCGUAA